UCGUGUGCGAGAAGGCGCGCGAGAAGGUUCUCGUCAUUCGAGGAUUUCUGUUGUAACGCUGAUUUGCGGCAUUCGUGCCUCUUCUAAGGCAACUUGUGAAAAAGAAACGACAUUGUGCUUUUACAACGCGCUCAAGCUGCCCUCCUGGGAAGGUUGGAAAUGGUGAUCAUGUGACAUUGCAACCAUUAGGAAUACAUACCACUUGCCAACCGCCUGAAUUUUGAUUACAUGAUGGUGGGGACGCUGUGAUGGUCCCGGUAGGACUGUUCAUUUUCCUGGAGCUGCCGUGGAAGAUCUGCUGCUUGCUGGGCUUAAGGACUACAGUACUGUAGAGAGCUAGAAUUGCUUCUCCGUGGCUCUUGGGAGAAAUGGCCUCUGCCUAGCGUCUCAGGGGAGACUCGCCGAACCGGGUUGAAACUGGUCAAGAAUAGGCAAGUUUGCAAAGAAGAGAUUGUGCAUCUUUUUAAGGCUGCAACAUUACCGAGGCUCAUGAGCUCCAGAAAGGAGUGCACAAUGGUGGUUCUGGCAAAUGCCGGAGGAAGUUGCGCUGUCUUCGCUGCCACCAUCAGCUCUGCAGCCUGAGACCCUUCCCUCCCGCCCAAUUUCCAAAUAGGCAGGAUCUUGCAGACAUACCCAUCAGCCAAGGAAAACAGGUCUGGAGGCAAUGGCAGCAUCCGUGUGAAAGCCCAUCGUAGGGAGGAGAGUCGAAGGCUGAGAGAGAGAGACGCUGCUGCAAAGCCCCGUCGGCAUGAGCAACAGCAGCGAAGGAGAGAUUAUUAGCUUCUCCGUGCCAAGCAUGAUUGGUGGGGGUUGCCCACUGCUGUACGAAGACGGGCUCAGUAGAAGAGCGCCUGCAGCAAGCGAGGAAAUGGUCCGUGGUUUCUUGGCCAGCCCGCGUGCCCCGCCGGCCGGCACUUUUUGGAACGAGGAUAGUAGUGCCUCCUGUCUGGCCACAGACGCAGCAAAUCGAGCCAAAAGUGGUGUGGGUGGUGGUAGCCGGCAGACCACGGUGUCCUACGUGAUCAAUGAGGCGAGUCCAGGGCUGCUGCAGGCGGCGGAGAGUGGGGCCCUGCAGAGCCUAAAGGAAGCGUGCGAGGCAGUUGGGGCCGACCUGCAAACUCUGCACUUUGGCAAGCUCGACUUCGGGGAGACAUCCGUGCUCGACCGCUUCUACAACGCCGAUAUUGCCGUGGUGGAAAUGAGCGAUGCUUUCCGUCAGCCCUCCCUCUUCUAUCACCUGGGAGUCCGAGAGAGCUUCAGUAUGGCCAACAACAUUAUUCUCUACUGCGAUACAAACACAGAUUCUCUGCAAUCACUGAAGGAAAUUAUUUGCCAGAAGAAUAAUAUGUGCACUGGCAAUUAUAUAUUUGUUCCAUACAUGAUAACUCCCCAUAACAAAGUCUAUUGCUGUGACAGCAGUUUCAUGAAGGGAUUGACUGAAUUGAUGCAACCCAACUUUGAACUGUUGCUGGGACCAAUAUGCUUACCCUUAGUUGACCGCUUUAUUCAGCUCUUGAAGAUGGCACAGGGCAGCUCAAGCCAAUACUUCAGGGAAUCAAUACUUAACGAUAUCAGAAAAGCUCGUAACUUGUACACUGGGAAGGAAUUAGCUGCAGAAUUGGCCAGGAUAAGACAGCGAGUGGAUAACAUUGAGCUUUUGUCUGCUGACAUUGUGAUAAACCUGCUGUUAUCUUACAGGGAUAUUCAGGAUUAUGAUUCUAUUGUGAAACUGGUAGAGGCAUUAGAAAAACUUCCAACCUUUGACUUGGCUUUGCAUCAUCAUGUGAAGUUUCAUUAUGCAUUUGCACUGAAUAGACGAAAUCUACUUGGUGACAGACAGAAAGCUCUAGAUAUCAUGAUACCUCUGGUGGAGCAAGAGAGCCAAGUUGCUUCUGAUAUGUACUGUCUUGUGGGACGAAUCUAUAAAGACAUGUUCUUGGAUUCUGGAUUUAAAGACACUGAAAGUCGAGAUCAAGGUGCUUUUUGGUUCAAGAAGGCCUUUGAGUCAGAACCGUCAUUACAGUCAGGAAUUAAUUAUGCAGUCCUCCUCUUGGCUGCUGGGCAUCAGUUUGAUACCUCUUUUGAAUUACGGAAAGUUGGAGUUAAAAUAAGCAGCCUGCUUGGGAAGAAGGGAAACUUGGAGAAAUUACAAAGCUACUGGGAAGUGGGUUUUUUCCUGGGAGCCAGUGUCUUGGCAAAUGAUCACACAAGAGUGAUCCAUGCCUCAGAAAAACUAUUCAAGUUGAAGACACCAGCAUGGUAUCUCAAGUCCAUUGUGGAGACUAUUUUGAUAUAUCAGCACUUUAAGAAGCUGAAUCCAGAUCAACAAGUAGGCAAAAAUGAACUUGUAGACUUUUGGAUGGAUUUUCUAGUCGAGGCUACAAAGACUGAUGUCUCUGUAGUUAGAUUUCCUGUUUUGAUAUUAGAACCUACAAAAAUCUAUCAACCUUCGUACUUGUCGAUCAACAGUGAGGCUGAAGAGAAGACGGUCUCUAUUUGGCAUGUUAUGCCUGAUGAUAAGAAAGGUAUUCAUGAAUGGAACUUCAGUGCUGAAUCUAUAAGAGGAGUAAGCAUUUCAAAGUUUGAAGAACGUUGCUGUUUUCUGUAUGUACUACACAAUUCAGAUGACUUCCAAAUCUAUUUCUGUACAGAACAUCACUGCAAAAAAUUUUUUGAAAUGGUUAAUAGCAUCACCGAAGAAAUAGGAAAAAACACAGAGGAAGGUGAAUGUGAUGGAGAUUCCCUGGAGUAUGAUUAUGAAUAUGAUGAAAAUGGUGAACGAGUCAUUCUGGGGAAAGGCACUUACGGCAUAGUUUAUGCAGGACGAGAUCUGAGCAAUCAAGUCAGAAUUGCCAUUAAAGAAAUCCCAGAAAGAGAUAGCAGGUAUUCCCAGCCUUUACAUGAAGAAAUAGCUUUACACAAACACCUCAAACACAAGAACAUUGUUCAGUAUCUUGGCUCAUUUAGUGAAGAUGGAUUUAUUAAGAUAUUCAUGGAACAGGUACCAGGAGGCAGCCUUUCAGCUCUUCUGAGAUCAAAAUGGGGACCAUUGAAAGAUAAUGAACAGACUAUUGGUUUUUACACCAAACAGAUUCUUGAAGGAUUAAAAUACCUCCAUGAUAAUCAAAUUGUGCAUAGAGAUAUAAAGGGGGAUAAUGUUCUUAUCAACACAUACAGUGGAGUGCUAAAGAUUUCAGAUUUUGGAACAUCAAAGAGGCUUGCUGGAAUCAAUCCUUGCACUGAGACUUUCACAGGUACUCUUCAGUAUAUGGCACCAGAAAUAAUUGAUAAAGGACCAAGAGGUUAUGGAAAGGCUGCAGAUAUCUGGUCCUUAGGCUGUACAAUUAUUGAAAUGGCUACAGGAAAGCCUCCAUUUUAUGAACUAGGAGAACCACAAGCAGCCAUGUUCAAGGUUGGAAUGUUCAAAAUACACCCUGAGAUUCCAGAAUCCAUGUCAGUGGAGGCAAAAGCUUUUUUGCUGAGAUGCUUUGAACCUGAUCCAGAUAAGAGGACCUGUGCUAAUGAGCUUCUUGUAGAUGAAUUCUUAAAAGUUACCAGCAAAAAAAGAAAGUCACAGUCAAAACUAACAGCUCUCACAGCUGGAUCAAAUGAAUAUCUUCGAAGCAUAUCCUUGCCUGUUCCUGUUCUGGUAGAAGACACAAGUAGUAGCAGUGAAUAUGGUUCAGUUUCACCUGACAAUGAGUUGAAACUUGACCCCUUCUCCUUUAAAAUGAGAGCUAAAUCCUGUGGUGAUAAGGAAGGAAAAGGACUUAGGUCUCUUUUUCUAAGCAUCCCAGAUGAGAAUUUUGAGGACCACAGUGCUCCUCCCUCACCAGAGGAGAAGGAUUCUGGUUUUUUUAUGCUAAAAAAGGACAGUGAGCGAAGAGCAACCCUUCACAGAAUUCUAACCGAAGACCAGGAUAAAGUAGUGAGAAAUCUGAUGGAAGCCUUAGCUCAGGGUCCUGAAGAGCCUAAGUUGAAAUGGGAACACAUUACAACUUUAGUUGCUAGCCUCAGAGAAUUUGUAAGAUCAACAGAUCGCAAAAUCAUUGCAAAUACACUUUCAAAGCUGAAACUGGAGUUGGACUUCGACAGUCAUGGCAUUAGCCAAGUUCAGUUAGUACUCUUUGGUUUCCAAGAUGCAGUGAAUAAAGUUCUACGAACACAUAAUAUUAAACCACAUUGGAUGUUUGCGCUGGAUAGCAUAAUCCGUAAAGCUGUGCAGACUGCUAUUACAAUUUUGGUACCUGAGUUGAGGACACACUUCAGCUUAGCAUCUGAGAGCGAUAAUGCAGAUCAAGAUGAGAUUGAAGCUGAAGAGGAACAUGCUCCUGACACAACUGCUCAGGUUCCUUGCCUUGUAUUGGAUGAUGCGGUAGCUACCUCAGGAGUGAGCACCCUUAGUUCAACAGUAUCUCACGAUUCUCAGGCUGCCCAGAGAUCUCUGAAUGUUCAACUUGGGAGGCUGAAAUUGGAAAAUAAUAGAUUACUAGAAGAGCUAGUGCAGAAGGAAAGAGAAUUUCAAGCCCUCCUUCACCAUGCUAUAGAAGAAAAAGAACAGGAGAUCAAGCAUCUAAAGCUUAAGACUCAACCAAUAGAUAUUUCUGGCCUGUCUGUCUCUCACUUUAGUACACAGGAUAGAGAAAUUGAGGAUCCAGAUCUUAUUAACUGGCUGAAAAUUCAUGGUGCUGACAAGGAAACUAUAAACAGGUUUCUAGCAGAAGAAUACACACUGACGGAUAUACUCUGCUAUGUUACCAGGGAUGAUUUAAAAUGCCUUAGACUCAGAGGUGGGAUCAUAUGCACGCUAUGGAAGGCAAUCUCUGAUUUUCGAGAGAAGCACACUUGCCCCUGAGCAGAGGCAAUCUUCCAUCUCAACACAAAACAGGAGCUUUCCUUGAAGAUUUCUCCCCCCCCCCACCCCAAGAGAUGCUGUUGCACUUUAAUCCAGUAUUUGUUUACUGUUGCUAAAGAACACUGCAGCUUUCUGGCUGCAACUAUUCUUAUUCUUCUUGAAAAAUCGGUCUACAACAUUGAAUACUAUUUUAUCUUAAGUAUUUUCAGGAAUUUUUUCCCUUUCUAACCUACCAUUUAACAAAAUUCAUCUUAUCCAGACUGUUAGUUAUAUUCACACAACAUGGUUGACCAAGGGAACCUUGAGGUACUUAAUUGACAUCCUUGAGGUACUUAAUUGAUAUCCCUAUACCAGUUGUGCAUGAUCAUCAGCGACCUGGUGUAGACCUUCAUAGUCACUGCAGAGAGGGUCACCGAGCUAACAUGUCUUGCUUCUUUCCUCCUCAUAUCAAAAUCAAAUAAAAAAAAAUAGUGAGAGGAAAGAAGGAACAUGACAGAGUGACUAAAAAGUUCUGAUUUUGCAAGGCCUUUCUAGGAUUUUAUCUCUGUAGCAAAAAUGGGGAAAGAGUUAGUGCUCUAUUAAUCCUAUCAAAUCAAUUUCCUUAUCUGCCCGCAAUUGAUCAGAACUUUAGCCCUCUAUAAUUCCCAACAGUUAGUUAAUUAGAUUACAGUAUUCACAUGAUAUUUCAGUCUCCCUUCACAAACAGUUAAACAUAUUCUACCUACAGGACUUUUGUAAGAUUGUAUGCAACUGUGUAUCACUAAAACAAAAUCAAAUGUGAAAAUUAACUUUACAGGUUAAUUGUGUAACCAGGGCCUGCAUUAGGCAUGGUGUUCCUGGGACCUUUUCUUGGAAUAGGAGACAUCUGUUCAUCUGUGAGAGGUUUCAGAUGCAACCGAAAUCAUUCUUAAAGUGAAAGGUUCAUAGUAUUGCAGACAAAGGCCCAUGAGUAUUGCUUUUUGAGGAUGACAUGUUUUGCUUAAGAUCCUUGGACAUUUUCCUAAACUGAGAUGGAAUCCACAAGUGAAAUGAUAUGUAGAACAUAUUGGAUAGUUUUUCAUUCUAUGCUGUAUGUUGACCUUUACACCACUUUGUACUUAACAAUCCUUCCUUAAAUGUCACAUUGUUUUAUUUUUAGUAACUUAAAUCCCAGUCUACAGUGUAUUUGUGUCUUUUUUAGUGUUGUUUAUGUAUUAUUGAACUGUACCAGUUACAUAUGCCUGAAUUACAUAUAGUACUGUUAGCUUGUUUUAAAGCUAUCCAUUGUGAUACACAUUUAAAAAAUAAAGAAUUAUACAAAA